AAGCGCAUAGAGAAAGAGAGAGCAAGAGUACUAAGUUAAAAAGAGCAGUAAAAAUAGUGGUAAAAAAACGAAAUGCGGUACAAGGAUAAUGAUGACGAUGUACCAGGCUGUCAAAUCAAAUAAGCAUUUAUUCAUAAACGGCUGUUAGACAUACGAGCGUAAGGAACUUGUUUUAACGCAGAGCAAUUUCGAAGUGGCGGUGUGGCAGGCAAAAAAUAAUACAAAAAAAGUAACUGCAAAAUUAAGUGAAAACCCUGUGUGUGUGCGCGCAAAAGCAAAAAUAUAUUGUGGAAAUAUGUAUAUCAGUUAAGGCAAAUAAAAUGGAUGUGAUGGCGAAAAUUUGCAAUAGAAUGCAUUAAAGUGUUGUAAAGUAAAGAAAAUUUGCUAAUUAAAGCGAGCAAAUUAUAUACAUAAACACACCUCAAUCAAAUUAUUAGUUAGAGAUAUAUAAUAAAAUUAAUAUAUAUGUACAUACAAAGAAAAGUAUAUGCGAUUACAGUGCAAGCAAUUCACAUUUAUGUUUAAUUUAUGCGCAUGUAUCUGCGUUGUGCGAUAUGCAUAAAUCUGUACGAAUAUAGCAGUAAGGCACACUAGGCGUAUGAGUAACCUAAAAACACAACUGAAUCACGCGACAAAGUUAGACCACAAAGCAAAUAAAAAUAAUAAGUGAUGAAUUAAUUAAUGAAGCAGUGGAAAGUUUCGAAAUUAAAGUGAAUUUCAGUGCGAUUUGCAACAGCUUAAACACACAAUCAACAGCAACAUACGCAAUUAUAGUAUUGGAAUUAAUAAUUUCACGCGAAUACAAUUCAUUUUGACAUUCAACACACACACCUACACACAAAUUGCAGCGUAAAGUUCAAGUUGCAUAAAUUGGUGAAUAACAUAGUUAUAUGCCCAUUGAGUGCCUUAUUACCUUUGAUAAUAAUCCCCAAGGUGUUUACUAUGCUGGGCAGGAGCUGUCCGGCAUUGUUGACCUCAGCGUCGACGCAACAAAGCGCAUUAAAGCCAUACACAUCACAGUUAGCGGUUAUGCGAAGAUACGUUGGAUAAAAAAAGGUUAUCCGCGCGAUAGUGAACGUGCUAUGUGUCGUGCGUAUCGCUCAUAUCUAUCGUCGCGUUCGUAUGUGCUCGGCUCAUGUGCGAGCAGUUCGUGUAUGGACUGGUCGGCCGGCGAUUACUCGUAUACGUUUCACGUAAUACUGCCAGACAAUCUGCCCACCUCAUUCGAUGGUAAAUAUGGGCAGAUACACUAUGAGAUUAUCACCACAAUCGAUCGGCCAGCUCGAUAUCCGAAGGUCUUCAAGUUGCCAUUUACGGUGAUACAGCCGUUAGAUUUGAAUUUGGACACGAUUUAUAGGGUCCCUCUCGAAAUCCUCGAUCGCAAACGUUUCUGGAGCUUUUGCUGUCCUACAGGCCCGUUAACUGUGAAAUUCUCCACGCCCUAUUGCGGUUACGCACCCGGCCAAAAAAUUCAUUUCGUCCUUUAUAUUAACAACGAAUCGUCCAUUGAUAUCACGGACUGUGAAGUCAAACUGAAGCAGGAAGUGAGUUACGAGUCGCAUGAUCCACAACAUGAGUACCGUUAUGAUAAACAUCUUAUCGCACGCAAACAAUUCGGUAAUGUUUUGCGUUGGAGUCGUAAAGUUUAUCGUGGAUAUCUCAGUUUACCCUCCAUACCGCCGUCGUCAUUGAAAAUUGUAUGCCCCAUUAAUAUCACUUAUCUGAUAAAGAUUAUAAUUAAGCCAACGGAUUUUCAUUGGAAGAUGAAACUAAAAAUACCGUUAACUAUCGGUAGUAUACCAAUUAUAGAUAGUAUGGCAGCAGCGGCAGGCUUGCCAAGUUUAUUAGAAACACAAUAUGCAAUUAGACGUGGAUAUUAUAAUGGGCGCCGACUGUUGAGACAGAGCGCAGACGAGACUGGAGCGGAGCAGACAGCUGAUGUGGCAACGGAAGAAGCCGCUGGUGAGUCACCGCAGGAGAGUAAUGAAGCUGAAGCUGCUGGCGGCCGCAGCGAUAUACCAACACUGCUUAUAACCGAUGAUGACAAUCCGCCCGAUUAUAAACUAAUGAUGCCGCCUUCGUAUGAAGAUGCCAUGGCGUUAAGUGAUAAAUUCUGUGAUGACAGCGAAUACUUGCAAAAUGUCAGCUUAAGUAGCAUUGUUUCCAAUGAAACGACCGAGUCGUUUAAGCCACGCUAUCCCGUCUACUACGAGUACGAGACUCCCAUCAUACCGCCCGAAACACUCUACGAUGAGUCACCCUCGCAACUGCGUAUCGAGUUACAGUCAUCGGAUUCGACCGAUUCAUCACAUCAACCGCUUAGUGCCACCAGUUUCAAUAUCUUUCGUAAAGAGAAGAAAUAAUGUAAAUAUUUAUUAGUUGUAAUAAAGAGACACUUAAUUUAAAUUUAUUUCAAAUAGUGCAUUAUUCCUGCAGUGAAAUGAACUACUAGUUGUAGACUACUUAACUUUAAAUUGGUAAACCUCGUUGACUUUUCGGACUAUUUCUAUCAAAAUAAAAAAUCUUUGUAUCUCUAAUUUUUUCUGGUAAGUUGGAUUUGUCUGACUAAUUUGUCUAGUUCGGUUACGGUAAGAAAAUUCAGAUUAUAAAGUAUUUUUUCAGACUAGUGUGGUCUAAGUAAAAAUUUUUGCUAUUAAAUAGUAUUUGUCGGUAUGUUUGUUCGAAUCAAGGAUUUCAGGUUUUGUGACUAGUAAAUUUGGAACAAUAAUUUUAAGUUGUAAACUAGUACUUUUCCGACUAGUUUAAAGUUUCACUGCAGGAACUUUAUUUCAUUCGACACAUGAAGUAUACGGUUAUCAUUUCAAUAAGUCUUUUUGUAUUACAUAUUUGCUAAUUGUUUUAUAAAAAUGGCAUAGUGGAUAUUUUCAUAUUUAAGCUAAAAUUGUUGAUACUAACUAAUUUAAAAGUGAUAUAUAAUUAUAUAUGUUUUCAAAGCAAUAUUCAUUACACACUUCACUUGUACUUAAAUAGUUAAGAUAUAAAAUUUGUAUCAACAAUAACAAUUUAAUCAGACGAAUACAUGCACACUCACAGACCACACUUUAAAAGUAUUAGUAUUCAUCAAAUAGUUUAAUAAACAUAGCUAUAUACUCGUAGUUAUUUAGAUAACUAAAAUUUAAAAACAAAUAAAGAUUAAUAAAUAUACAAAUAUUUUCUGAGCAGCGAUAUUAAUAUGAUGGCACUUCACACUUUAAGUAGCUGACUUAAAGCCGUCUGCAAACACAAGAAAAAGUUGUUGGCUAUAGAUAAGGCAUACAUGGAAAGCAUACUAAAUUUUUUCCAAAUUCAUGAAUUUAUCACAAUUCUUAUUAUUUUGAGCGACCAAUUUUUAAUGAAGCAGUUAAAAUGGCAGCGGUAGAAACAUCUCGCUUAACAAUUUGAGAUGAAUAUGAGUGUUUUCAGUGAGCAUUUAUUUAAAACAAAUUGUUCAACAUAAUAGAAAAGUAAUGCAAGGGUACUAUAAAAAAAAUAUCUUAUUGUUCAAAUUGUAGAAAUAGUCUGAACGGUUCACUUGUGUAACACAGAAAUUCUUAAACUCAAUUUUGAUUAUAUAGUGUGUUAUUUUUCUUUGACGAUAAAUUAGUUAUAAAUAUUUGUAAUAUAGCCUACAACUCAACUUCACUUCAGUUGAAAUUUUACAACUUUUCAUUACAACUUAAAAUCUAUUGUCGGUUUUUUAAACGGUACGAAGGAACAUGUAGAAUGAGCGGCUAGAGCUCUCAUAUAUGGGGCAAAGCAAAGUAGCAAAUUGGACAAUUCCAAUUCAUAAGCCUACAAUGACCACGAUUAAUUUUAAGAAUAAUUUCUUAUGUAACUCUGUAGUUAUUACGAUUAUAUUCCAAAUAACAGACAUUCUCCCAAGGUGCUACAGCUAUUUUUUUUUUUUUUAAAUUCGGAACUCUGCUACUAGUAUAUGAGGCUCAUAGAUUGCCUAGUAAGUGUAAAAUAUUUUUAUCCAGCUUUGAUUUGUUGAAGCAUGUCUUGAUUUCGUAAUAUGAAGUAGAGGAUUCCCAAUGUCUGAAUACUCAGAAAUAUAUACAUAUGUAGAAAAGGUUUAUAAUUGCCUGUUAAGAGUGGAAUGUUAUUAUGUCACCAUAGUCACUUUAGAAAUAAAUUUCAUUAUAAUGAAAAAUAACGGUAAACUGUUUAAAAUCAAAAUAUGCAUUACAAAAUGGCAUUAUACAACACACGUUGCGUAACCAGUCAAUGGAAUUUUGUAUAAAAAAAGUGAAACUAUAAAUUAAUUAAUUGAAUUAAUUAACACAACAAAUAAAAGCGCACAGUAAACCGUAUAAGCCACAUAAGCGUCUUCGAUGUGUAGCUCCUAACAACUCGGUGUGAAUAUGAUUAAUUUCGUGUUAGUAAUGUUCUCAACAGAUUCUUCAAUAUUGCGGUUAAGAUAAAGUAAGGAAUAUCUAAAUGUUUUAAUAUAUGUACGUGUAAAAGCACAACACUGCUGUCAUUUUUAAAAUAUGUAAAUGUUUCCAUAAUUAUUGGCCAACAUGAAAGCAACUUGCUUGUUUGGAAUAGUUUAUAGCGAAUCAAAAUAUAUUUUCUAACAAUAAAUAAAUAAAAUUAAACAAUAAAAAUAUAAUGUUUUAAUAUUUAAAAAAAAAAAAUAAAAAUUUGUCAUAAUAACUAGAGUAAAGUUGUCAGAAAUUAUUUUGUAAAUGCUUAAAACACAAAAGGAGUACAUUGAAUUUAAAAACAUAUUUUCUAAAUCAUCUUAAAAUGCCUUUCAAGCAAUGCAACACCAAAUAUGUUAAAUUGAAAAACAUAUAUAUUUAUCAAGAUUUAUAUAAUAUUUAGGCUAAAUAUUAUUUUCAAAUUUACAAUCAAUAUACCAAAUAAGUUUUUAAAAUUAAGCAUUUCCUAAAACAGAUUAUAUUUAAAUAUAAAUACAUAUUUAUUGCAGAGAAGAAAAGGAGAUGCCUAAAUAUAAAUAAAAUUUUAAGCAAAAAAACAAACACUUUCCCAAGAAAUCUCCCUGUUUAUUUGUAUGU